CAAUUGCAUCUACAGGAACUUUAAAAACUAAUACAAUGUCAUCAACAACACCAAGUAUGAUGGAUGGUUCUUCAAGUUCGGAAAAAACGAUAGAAGAAUCAUAUAUGAUGUUAAAAGGAAAUAAUGAAUCAACAGAUGAUGAUGAAGCAGAUCCAUUUAACAAAUUUUGGGAUAUUGUUGAAGGGUUGGUUCAAAAAAUCUCUAAUCCUGUUGCCUUCGCUACGGUACCUCUUAAUGGUGCUUACUCUCGAGCAACAUUAGACCAGAAUAUCGUUCAACCUACUUUACCAAUUCAUUAUAAUACCGUAAACGAGAAUAUUGUGGAUGAUUCUAAAGUUGAAGAGCUAAAUGCAGCAAUGAUGGAAUCAUUUUAUAUUAUACCCAAGGACCAGAGGCUUAAUUCACGAACUGGAAUGCCCCCACAAACUUCAUCAUCAUCAACCCCAUCGACUCCUAUUCCUUCUGAUGAUAAAAACUCAACAAAAACUUUAGAAGAGUAUUCUAUUGAGAAUAAGCAACUCAAGGCUAUAAUAGAUAAGCUUUCAAAGAGAAUGUUAAGUUAUGAAAAGGCUGCAGAAGAAAAUAAUAUGUUGAAAAGUAGUAUUUUACAAUUCAAAAAUGACGUUCAAAAACAGGCAAAGCGAAUAAAAGUAAAGCAAACAUCUCCUGAAAUUGGUAAUGCUCAUCUUCAAAAACGUAUAAAAGAGCUAGAAGAAGAAAAUCUUGUAUUGAAAUCUGAAAAAGAUAAACAGCAUGAACAAAUUGCAAAAUAUAAAGAUCGAUGGGAAAAGUUAAAGGAAUCUGCUAAGAAGAAACGAGUUAAUAAGCAAGUUGAAGCAUCACAAAUUGAUAAUUCUUCUCAUCAAAUUUGA